GGAGGCGUGUGGAGGACAGAAUUGUGAGAUGGGCUGUAUUUGCUGGAGUAGUCACCGCGACGCCAUAUCAAUUCUUGAGUCUUUAAUAGUGGUUAUGCCACUUAUCACUUUAUUGGUGAAUUACCUCUACCUUUUCUGUAUCAUUUUAAAUUUCUGUAGAUUUGUCGCCGUCUCCCUAAUUCCCAUCUCUAUCUGCCAUUUCUGUCGCCCUUCCGUCCCCCUCUCCAAAAAGCAAAGAUCUACACCACCACUCCACCAUCAAAACCAUUGGGCCCUUGCGCACCCAUCCAGUGACACUCAAAUUUGCAAUACCCAGCACCGGUUCAGAAAAUCCUGCCUCAAGCGAGGGUGACUGUCAACCUCUGGGGAACCCGUGAUAGUCGCCUAAUCAGGCUUAACCUACGCGGAUAAACCCUUACCUCUUCCCCAUAUUCUCCAUACUCUCAGAACUCUUCUCCGCGCUACACCAUACUUGCUGCUCGAUGAUGUAACGGGUUGUCACAACAGCCGGUAUUUUGCCAGCGCCUGUUUCAUUUCUUAAAAAGGGUUCAUCAUGCCCAGGUAGGUCAGUUCUUCUCCAGGUGUUGUCGCUUUGCGUGAGACUGGUCGCUCACUGUUGUUUUACCAUACAGAUAGCCCACCCAAGUCUUGAUCAAAUCACCAUCAUCAUGGCGGAUCAAGCAAAGCCAGACGACCACGUCGCCUCGGCCAAACUCAGCGUCGAGUCGCACCCCGAAUCCCGCGCCGCAGCCGCCUUCGCCAUGGACUCUCAGCACCGGCAAGCCGUCGAGAAGUCGAUGAAGCGCAAGCUCGACACGCGCUGCGCCCUGUUCGUGCUCAUCUACAUCAUGAACUACCUCGACCGCAACAACAUGGCCGCCGCUCGUCUAAAGGGUCUGCAAGAGGACUUGAACCUGAGUUACAACCAGUAUGCGACGUGCUUGAGUAUCUUGUACGUCGGGUAUAUCCUCAUGCAGGUACCCUCCAACAUGUUCAUCAACCGCAUCCAGCGCCCGUCGCUGUAUAUUUCUGCGGCGAUGCUGCUGUGGGGUCUUAUCUCGACGCUGUCGGGUAGUGUUCACAACUUCGCUGGCAUGGUCUGCAUUCGAUUCUUUCUAGGCUUCGUCGAAGCUGCUUUUCUGCCCGGUGCUCUUCUGAUUCUGUCGAAAUGGUACACGCGACGCGAAUUGACCAAGCGCAAUGCCAUUCUGUUCUGCGGCAACCUCAUCUCCAACGCCUUCUCCGCGCUCGUCGGUGCAGGCGUCUUGUCCAACAUGCAGGGCGUUCUGGGCCACGCAGCAUGGCGAUGGCUGUUCUGGAUCGAAGGCGCUAUUACCAUGAGCAUCGCCAUCUCCGCUGCGUUUAUUCUUCCCGAUCUACCUCAUAACUCGCGGGGCUUUACGGAGGAGGAGCGACAGGUUGCGCAGCUUCGUAUGAUUGAGGAUGUCGGCGAGGCAGACGAGGAUUCUUCUGAGGAGAGCGCUUUCUACGGUCUUAAGCUUGCGGUCAAAGAUCUCAAGAUCUACAUCAUGAUGUUGACCUUUACUGCUUAUGUGGUUGGUCUUUCGUUCAAUGCUUUCUUCGUAAGUCAAUUGAUGUCAAUCGCAUGCGCGUCGCUAACAGCUCAACAGCCCAGUUUGACAGAGACUCUUGGCUUCGGAUACGUGCCUACUCUUUUGAUGAGCGCUCCUCCGUGGGUGUUCUCUUGUAUUGUGUCGGUCAUCAACGCCUGGCACUCGGAUAGAACCCAAGAAAAGUUCUGGCACAUUGUCGGCCCAAUCGGCAUCGGCACGACAGGCUUCAUCAUCAGCAUGGCGACCGAAAACGUCGCAGCGCGCUACCUCGCCCUGUUCCUCCAAGCAGCAUCCUACGCAGGCUUCAUCGUCUUCUACUCGUGGAUCAGCUCCUCCUUCCCCCGACCCCCCGCCAAGCGCGCCGUGGCCAUCGCCAUGAUCAACGCCUUCAGCCAGCUCGGCAACGUCGCGGGCUCGUACGUCUGGGACCUGAAAGAGAACGGGUACCGCAAGAGCUACGGCAUCGUGCUGUCCAUGUUUGGCGUCACAGUGGUUGGAUGCUACAUCUUCCGGCUGGUGCUGAUUGACCUCAACAAAAAGCUCGAGAGGGGAGAGGCCAAUGCUUGGGAGACGCGCCAGGAUGUGGCUGCGCAUACGGCGGCCGUCGAGGUCAUGGACAGCCCCGACGAAGCUCUGAGGAUGAAGCGGGAUUUCCGAUACCUUAUUUAAAGCGGCGACGUCUAGUUCUGGGCAUGCAUGCAUGCAUCAAGGGUUAUAUUAGACCUACUGUAAAUAAGACAAGUUUUUAUGAUGCUCUCCAUGUCCAAUUGAAUGUUGUUUGGGUGAUAUUCUCAACAAGUGGCUUCAUGUGCCUUGACCUUUGUGCAACCCCUCUUUUACAACAUUUUCCGUUUCUGUGUCGGUCGGUGUGAUAAGCAUUACAUGAACAAUUACACCAGCAAAA